AUGGGAGAACACAAGUUGGAAACAAAAAAGAGAAAGGCUGAUGAGAGUGUGGGGGUUGCCCCAGUGAAGAAGGACAAGAAGGACAAGAAAGACAAGAAGGAGAAGAAGGAGAAGAGAGAUAAGAAAGACAAGAAGGAUAAGAAGGAGAAGAAGGAUAAGAAAGAAAAGAAGGACAAGAGUGACAAUUCAGAGAUAGCACCAGUUUCUACCACUGAUUCCGUCAUUAUCCCACCCUCUGCUGUCAAAUCUGAAGAUGUCAAAAAGUUCCUCGAGGAAAACGAGAUCACCAUUGAGGACCCUCUUAACACCAACAUCAUACCAGCGCUGGAGUUUUCCUUGCUCGCUUCUACUAUAAAUAAGAAGAUCCUCAAGGUGUUGAGUGAAUUUGACAAGCCUACACCAAUCCAGUCAGCUACUUGGCCAUGUAUCUUGCAAGGCCGUGAUACAAUUGGUGUUGCAGAGACUGGGUCCGGUAAGACUUUUGCCUUUGGUGUUCCAGCCGUGGACCAUGUGGUCAAGUCGGGAAAGACUGACAAGCUCUCUGUGCUUGUUGUUUCGCCCACCAGAGAAUUGGCUUCUCAGAUUUACGACAAUAUGGUGAAGCUUACCGACGCAACGGGACUCAAGUGCACGUGUAUAUACGGAGGUGUUUCCAAGGAUGACCAAAGACGCCAGGUCAAGACGUCGAAUUGUGUGAUCGCUACUCCAGGUCGUUUGCUUGAUCUCAUGGAAGAAGGUUCGAUCAACUUGAGCGCUAUUGACUACUUGGUUCUGGAUGAGGCUGACAGAAUGUUGGAGAAGGGAUUCGAGGAGGAUAUCAAGAGGAUCAUGAACAAUGUCAACGCUAACAGACAAACCGUUAUGUUCACUGCCACCUGGCCGAAGGAAGUCAGAGAGCUGGCAGCUUCGUUCCUCAAAGAACCAGUUAGAAUUACCGUCGGUGACAGAGACGAAUUGUCUGCCAACAAGAGAAUCACACAGAUUGUUGAGGUUGUUGAGCCCUUUGAUAAGGAGAAGAAGCUUAUCCAGAUUUUGACCAAGUACACUUCUGGAUCCAAAUCGAAUGACAAGAUUCUCAUAUUUGCGCUUUACAAGAAAGAGGCCACCAGGGUGGAGAGAACUUUGAACUAUAAAGGUUUCCAAGUUGCAGCCCUGCAUGGUGAUCUUACCCAGCAACAGAGAACGCAGGCCCUUGAGAACUUCAAGAGUGGGCGCUGCAAUUUGCUGCUGGCGACCGAUGUUGCAGCCAGAGGUUUGGAUAUUCCAAAUGUCAAAGUUGUGAUUAACCUGACUUUCCCAUUGACCAUUGAGGACUAUGUUCACAGAAUUGGAAGAACUGGUAGAGCAGGAAAGACUGGUAUUGCCCACACUCUGUUCACUGAGCACGAGAAACAUCUCAGUGGUGCCUUGAUGAACAUUUUGAGAGGUGCUGAUCAAGCGGUGCCGGAUGAGUUGUUGAAGUUUGGUGGACAUACGAAAAAGAAGGAACAUAGUGUUUAUGGUGCGUUCUAUAAGAACGUUGAUCCUACUCAGAAGGCUAAGAAGAUCAAGUUUGAUUAG